GUUAGCAAUUAUUCUGUCAGUACGUAUUGACUUAUUACCUGGAUUAGGUCCUUUUGCAGAUCGGGGAUUCUAAAAGAAGAAAGGAAAGAAAAUUUAAAGAAGAGAAAGAAAAAAUAUCCUAUUCACGUUUAUAUACCAAAAGAUGAAUCCAGCAAAAAACACUUUGGUUACUCUUUUUUUUGUUGUCAUUUUCAUGGAUAUGUUACUGGCUGCAACAGCACAGUCAUCUUGUCUUGAUGAUGAACCUAAUUGUAAUGCACAAGAAGAGAUUGUUUGUAAAGAACAUUUUUCUUCACUUUCCUGCCAAAUAGAGUUUGCGCAGUCUAAAAAAUGCUUUGUUCAGGUUUGUAUAAAUUACAACCAUACACACUUUGAAAAAUCACCUGUGCUUCUGAAUGACAAAAACCUGACAGAGUUUAUUAAAUUCUCAGUUAUAAACGACUUAAAAUCAAGAAAACAACAUUGUUUUGUGACUUGUUGCUUAAAAGAAAAUGUCACAACGGAAAAUCUUUGUUUUGGCAAUAAAUGCCAGUAUAAACGUAUUUACAUCUUAAGUCGCCAAGGUUUCCAUUUGAAUUCAGCCUCUGACAAUGUUUGUCUGUCUGGAAAUCAGAUAGCUAUAAAAAAGGCCUUAAAGAAGAAGCAAUUAGACAAGGAAUUAAUGAUUGUAGGCUUACGGGAUAAAGUAUACUAUGAUAAAGAGAUAUCCAUUAAAGAAAAUCGACAAGUAUGUCAAGAAGAAUGGCAAAUCCUAGAUUCAAACAGAGAAAAAUGGAAGUCAGUCUUUUAUAGAAAUAUAACAAAUUGUUUAUUAAAACCUAAGCAACCUAAUCAAGUUAUAAAUGAAAGUUAUACUUUGGUCCUUAAAGGAAAAAAUGGAUCUAUGGAUAUUUGGCAUUUUCUUGUGGUUAAACCAGGUUCUCCAGUUACCGAAAAGACCACUACAAUUUAUAACAACCCAACUAUGAUGGAAAGGGAUACCGCUGAUAAGUUGCAAAAUAGAACAUCUAAUUCAAAGGAGCAUAAGCUUGUGAAGUUAAUUGAUACUGAAAACAAUUUAAUUGAUAUCAUCAUGGAAAACAAGGAUAACAUUCAAAUUUUUGUAGAUGUAUUAAAUAAUAUAACAAUGAAAAAUUGUUGGACAAACUUGAACAAUGAGAAAAAGUUGUAUCCUACAAAGGUAAUGAAAGUUGUUGACAAAUUCCUGGAGAAUAUAAAUACAACAAAUUCCUCUGAACAAAUCAAAAUUGAAAAAGAAAAUAUAGUUUUCCAAUUUGAUGAAUUAAAGAAUAAAACCAUUUCGGUAAAUCUUGGUUCUGAUGAAUCCCUCCAAGUUCAUAUUGAUGAGUCAGUAAUUAAGAAUAUAUCUUCAGAUGACCCCAUAUUUUACAGUGUUGUCCUCUACAAAUCAUUAACAUACAUCAUACAAAUGACUGAAGCUAACCGGACAAAUGAAAACACAAAUCACAAAGAUCUUCUUUCAGAUAUUCUAAGUUUCACAAUUCACAAAGCAAAUUCAAAAAAUCUCAUAAAAAACAUAACUUAUCGUCUGAACCAUAAGAAACUAACUUCAAAUACAAAAUGUGCCUAUUGGAGUUCUAGUCCAACGGAUCUUAUUGGAGAAUGGAAAACAGAUGGAUGUUUUCGAACUUCAUUGAAUGAAUUUUAUACAGAAUGUGUCUGCAAUCAUUUGACCAGUUUUGCUAUUUUAAUGAGCCACCACCAAGUUGAUAACUCUGUUAGUAUAAAUAUUAUGUCCAACAUAGGAGGAGUGAUCUCCAUUUUGGCUGUUUUCCUCACAUUCAUAUGUUAUAUAAUACUUUGGAGACAUGUUACAACAACCACUUUGAACAAAUCGAGAGCCAUUAUUUUGAUGAAUCUAUGUGUGUCAAUGUUUAUAGCAAACUUGUUGUUUCUGUUGAGCGAUCAUCUUAAAAGUUAUAAGAUCACAUGCACAGUGACAUCCAUCCUGUUACAUUUCUUUUAUCUCACUGUGUUCUUCACUAUGUUUGUGGAAGGAAUUGAUAUUUUCGUCACAAUUGUUUUCGUCUUUUCAAAGAUAGAUGUAAAGAAACUUAUUUUGGUUGCUUGGGGUUUACCAGCAAUAAUUGUAGCAAUAUCAGCAGGUGUGACUCGGUUACAUGGCUAUGGAGAAGAUCACUGUUGGUUGUCAGAGAAAAGUGGUUUAAAAUGGGCUUUUAUGGGACCAGCAUUUUUCAUUAUUUUUACCAAUUUGGUAAUAACAUUAGUUGUUUUGAAAAACAUGUUGAGAAAUAGUGAGAUGAUACAAAAACCUAUAAUGGAAAGGGCCAGAGCUGGCAUGUGGGGUUUGGUAUUAUUCUCGCCAAUUCUUGGCUUUACGUGGUGCCUUGGCAUUUUUCUUUUUCAUAAAAGUGUGAUUGUACAGUAUGCAUUUGUUGCCUGUCAUUCACUUCAGGGUGUCCUCAUCUUCCUGCUUCAUUGCCUAUUUAGUAAGCAGAUCAAAGAUGGUUUCAUGCAGUAUAUGAAAAGGAUCAAAAACAAAUCCAAAAGCAAAUCAAAUAUGACAAAUUCUGUUUGUAAGAGUGUGGCAUUCGAUAAAACACAAACUCCAACUUUGACCAUUAAUCGAAGUGUGGAUAACCUGACACUUCCGUAUCCUCAAACUUUGGACAUUUUCCAGUCACGAAAAUCUCAAGAUUUAUUAGUUCCGACAAAGAAUGGUAUAUGGUAAAAGAUAAGCCAGAGAGAAAUGUUCUACCAUGAAAAUUAUCAUUACUAGUCAUUAUUUUUAAUUCAGACAUUUACAAAGACAAUUCAUUAAUUACCAAGAGAAGUAUAUUCAUAAACAUAUUUCAUAUGACACAAAGCAAAUUCUCUGAUUCUUGAUUUCCCUAAAAAAAAGUUAUCAAUGCAAACACGAUAGCAUAUUACAAACAAUAUCUCCCAUUAGAAAAUUACCAUUUUCAAAUCUAACAACGUGAGAUAUUCAGCAUGUAGUAAAGAUUCCCUUGUUUGAAAAUAUAAGGGCACAGAUCGUGUCAUAUAGCCAGCUGGAGACGAUGUUCCCUGGAGCUAAAUUGCAGCAACAUUAGUCCUAAACCAGGACUGCCAUGUUAUGUUGACAAACAAUCUUUACUAUAAUAUCUCCCAUGUUACAGAAUCAUUGCAUCCCUGAAAAAUCUUAUCCAAAUAUGCAACUAUGUAACAUGAAAUCUAUUCUCCCUGUAGACUUCCAUAUUAUGUAUUGUUUCAGAAAUACAGUUGGUGCCUGUUUUCUGUAGUGAUUUCAUUAAAAGUAACUAAUCUGAUUAUUCUAUUGUUUCUAAAGAUCUCAUUCAGUUACUUUUACUUAAUCAUUUUACAAUGCUUAAUUAAAUGUGUCUACAUUCUGUCACUGUUUGGUCUAAUGCCAAAGCAUUAACAAAUGUGCCUUAAAAUAUUCAUAACUAGCUUCUGCAACUUUCACAACUUUUUUUUUUCUGCUGUUCUCAUAUUAUAAAAAUGUUGUAAGUGCUUGCAAAUAUGUUUUUUUAUCAUCUGGAGAUGCUGUGCAACGAAAUUUUAUGAAAAUAUGGCCUACUACAUAAAACAAAACAGGAAACAAUUUGAAUGGAAAAUAACAUUUGCCAAUGAAUCUAUUUUAAGUCAAGUUAACUGAUAAACACAGAACUGAUAGUUGAUCUCACAAUGAAUACUCAUCAAUCAACUAUUAAGAGAAUUUUAACACUUUUCAUAAGACAAUGAUAGCUGUGUGUGUGUGUGUGUGUGAAUGUAGUUUCCUUUUUUUUAAAGAAACUGAAGCUUAGAGUUUGUUUUGUGACUUGAGUUUCACACUUUGUUUCACCUAAAGGUAAAACUUCAGUAACAUGAAACACAAGUCAUGAAAUAAACUCUCAGCUUCAUUUUCAAUAAAAAUAACAAGUAACAUUUUUGUUGAUGAGGAAAAUAUAUCUUACACAUUAAUUUAUAUUCUUUUUAUCAGCUCUCUAUUUAUUUUUUACUUUUUCUUUGUCCUAUCUCAUGAAACAGAACAUGACACUUCAACUGAGUCUUCUUACUACAUUUAAAAUAUUAAUUGGAGUCAGUUGUUUCUUCUAAAUGUUUUUUCCCAUGUCUGUCCAGCAUAGGAGCAACAAUAAUGACCACUUGACCUGCUAGAAAUACACAGCUAAAUUCUACCAAAUUAAUAAGCUACAGCCUUAAAAAAAAGGAAGGACACAUUGGACAGUGUAGUCCAAGAUAUGCCACCAUCCGGUCAUUCUGAUAGCUCUUUUGUCUUCAUAACGGUCAACCACACAGUAAUUUCUCUUUGUUUAACGGUCAUUUUCAUAGCAAUUUUCAAUGGCCAGAUAACUGAAGAGAUGGUGGCGUGGGUUUCCACCCCAGCAUCCGAAACUCAGAGUUUUAUCAUGGCUACUGAAUAAUUGUCACAUAUUUUUACAAGAUAUAUAUAUAUAUUAUUUAAAAUUUACUAUAUUGUAUGUCCAUUACAGCAAAUUUUACCAAUCCAUUUUGCACUGGGUAUUAAGCUAGCUGUUAGAUAACAGCAUGGUUAAGUAAUACUACAUACUCGUCAGAGCUGACAGGUAUGGGAACAUUAUACCCACUCUAUUGACAAAUAUACAAGUGCAUAUAUUUCCUGAGUUAUAAAUGCUUAGAUGACUACAUGUACGGUAAUACCUCACUUUACAAGGAUCUGCUUUAGGAGACCCUGGGUUUAUGAGUUUUAUUUUAUAAUAAAUAUAAAAAGGUUAAACAGCCAUUUUGUGUUUGUGGCAACAUCACAACAUGUGGCAAUCCUGGUUCUGACAUGUCUACACAGCAACAGAGUAAAAUGACGACAUAAAAUUUCAUUGCUACUAUGGGAAGUUAUUGCUCUGAUUUACAAGUUUUCACGUUAUGAGCAGUCUCUGGGAACAAAUAAACUCAUAUAUCAAGGCAUUACUGUAUAUAUAAAUGUAUUAGCAUUUUAUAUCUGCUUUUUGCAUGUUGGUUUGCAUUAGACGUGUCUAUUUUAACACAUCAUCUCACAAUUCUUCAUCUGAUAAACACAACAAUAGAGAAAUGCACCAACAUUUGUUUUAUAUGUCCUUUUUACCAUUAACCACUUUGACUGGGUACAUUUUAUAAUGCCACCAACACUAAAUAACAUUCCACACCUCUCAUAUAUGUGUGUGUGUGAGAGAGAGAGAGGGAGUGUAUGUGUGUGUGCAUGUGUACAUAUAUAUGUAUAUAUAAUGAGUGAAGGUGCAUGACUCAGUGGUUAGAGUGUUGGGCUCACAAUUAUGAGGUAGUGAGUUUGAUUCCCAGACUGAGCUGUGUGUUGUGUUCUUGAGCAAGACACUUUAUUUCAUGUUGUUCCAGUUCACUCAGCUGUAGAAAUGAGUUGUGAUGUCACUGAUGCCAAGCUGUACUAGCCUUUGUCUUUCCCUUGGAGAACAUCAGUGGCACGAGGAGGGGAGGCUAGUAUGCAUGGGUGACAGCUGGUCUUCCAUAAACAACCUUGCCUGGACUUGUGCUUUGGAGGGCAACUUCCUAGGUGCAUCCCAUGGCCAUUCAUGACUGAAGGGGGUCUUUAUUCUUUUACCCUUUAUACAUAAUGGAUGGUUCAUAGACAGUUUUAGUAAUAAGGGUUCAGUUGUUUGAUCAACUGAAUUUCUUGCUCAUGGCUGAGCUUUCCACAGACAUGUGGAAAUUUUCAAGUAGGAUUCCUUUGGGGUUGUAGAUACAAUCUAUCUAAUGGCGCCUCUAUACAGUUUCCAUCGACUCAGUUUGACUCACAGGCUAUGUGUUAACCUGAGUCCUUAGACAAUAACAUUUGCGAAAGAUGCUAUUGGAGGGAUUGAACUUAGGAUGUCGUAGUUGAAAAGUGAACUUCUUAACCAUUCAAACAUUCUGUGUGUGUGUGUGUGUGUGUGUGUGUGUGUGUGUGUGUGUGUGUGUGUGUGUGUGUGUGUGUGUGUGUGUGUGUGUGUGUGUGUGUGUGUGUGUGUGUGUGUGGUUUCAUGUAGAAAUGUAAACAACAAAUGUUUAAGAGAAUAUUUUAUUUAUAAAAAUCUCACUAUAUUAAUAUUUAUAUUUUCAACCUCCAACAACUUUUUAUGUCUGAAAUGUAAGACUUCAGACCUGAUAGAUUUUAAUUUACAAAUUUACAUUGAGAUGUUCAAUGUACCUAGGAUCAACUGUCCUGUUAGAUAUUUCUGGAAAUUUCUUCGCAACUUUGAUAUUUUAUCUUAAAAACUUCUUGAAAUAAAUGAAACCAACAGUAACAAUAAAUAGUCUAUUCUUACAUAUAUGUAAAAUAAUGAUAAACAGUAUGUUCUUAUAUAGAAUAAUGAUAAAUGGUAUUUUCUUAUACAGAAUAACAAUAAACAACAUAUCGUUACAUAGAAUGAUAGGAGGCGAUGGCAGGUAACUAAGACUUCUGGUGAAUUGACUAUAUAUAUAUAUAGGCACAUGGUUCUGAGUUCAAUCCCACUGCGCGGCACCUUGGGCAAGUGUCCUCUACUAUAGCCUUGGGCUGAUCAAAGCCUUGUGGGUGGAUUUGAUAGAUGGAAACUGAAAGAAGCCUGUCGUAUAUAUAUAUAUAUAUAUAUAUAUAUAUAGCCAUCAGUAAGGUGGGGAUUAGCAAUGAGUACAGUGAAGAAUUCUGGGCACAGGUAGGAGUUCACCAAAGAUCCGUCCUCAGCUGCCUCUUAUUCAUCAUAGUCCUCCAGGCAAUAACAGAAGAAUUCAAGACAGGCAGCUCCUCUAUGCUGAUGACAUUGCUCAAAUAGCUAUACCAGAACUAUCAGAACUAGAGAAGUUUCAGGUGUAGAAGCAAGGUCUAGAAUUGAAGGGCUUUAGAAUCAAUCUAACAAAAACCGAAGUCUUAGUAAGUAGGAAGGCAGACAAAUCACAAAUCCCUUCAGGUAGAUUGCCCUGCUUGAUCUGUAGAAAAGGUGUAGGUAGAAACUCCAUAAGAUGUACCCGGUGUAAGCUAUGGACACAUAAGAGGUGCAGCAAUAUCAAAGGAAGGUUAACUGGGAAGAUAGUUUUUGUGUGUGGCAGUUGGACAGGGGCAAUAAACACCAAAGAUGUACAGAAAACAGAUUGCAUCAUAUUCCAGGUGGAAAAACUACAGGUAGUUGAUAGCUUCCAUUACCUAGGUAACUAAGUCAGUAGCAGGGGUGGAUGCUCUGAGAGUGUAGCUGCUAGAAUAAGAAUAGCCUGAACAAAGUUCAGAGAUCUCCUACCUCUGCUGGUAACAAAAGACCUCUCACUCAGAGUGAAAGGUAGACUGUAUGAUGCAUGUGUGCGAACAGCCAUACUACAUGGCAGUGAAACAUGGGCUGUGACUGCUGAGGACAUGCAUAGGCUUGAAAGAAAUGAAGCUAAUAUGUUCUGCUGGAUGUGUAAUGUCAGUGUGCAUACACAACAGAGUGUAAAUGCUUUGAGAGAAAAAUUGGACAUAAGAAGGAUCAGAUGUGGUGUGCAAGGGAGACAACUGUGCUGGUAUGGUCAGGUGUUGCGUAUGGAUGAGGACAGCUUUGUGAAGAAGUGUCACACCCUAACAGUGGAGGGAACCUGUGGAAGAGGGAGACCCAGGAAGACAUGGGAUAAGUUGAUGAAGCACGACCUUCAAAACUUGGGCCUCACAGAAGCAAUGACAAGUGACUAAGACCUUUGGAGAUAUGCUGUGCUUGAGAAGAUCCGGCAGACCAAGUGAGAUCGUAGCCAAUGCCAGUGUUGCAUAACUGGCCUGUUUAAAAGUACCCUUCAAUUGUCAGGCAAUAUGCUGUGCUUGAGAAGACCUGUUGAGUCAAGUGAAAUCGUAGUCAUGGCCGAUGCCAGUGCCACCUGAUUGGUACCUGUGCUGGUGGCACAUAAAAAGCACCAGUUGAGUGUGUCUGAUGCCAGUGCAGGUGGCACAUAAAAAGCACCAUUUGAACGUGGUUGAUGCCAGUGCUGCCUGAUUGGCUCCUGUGCCAGUGGCACCUAAAAAGCACCAUUCGAGUAUGGUCAAUGCCGGUGGCACAUAAAAGGCACCCACUACACUCUCAGAGUGGUUGGCAUUAGGAAGGGCAUCCAGCUGUAGAAACCUUGCCAGAUCAGAUUGGAGCUUGGUGCAGCUUCUUGACUUGCCAAUCCUCAGUCAAACCGUCCAACCCAUGCCAGCAUGGAAAGCAGACUUUAAACAAUGAUGAUAUAUAUAUAUAUAUAUAUAUAUAUAUAUAUAUAUAUAUAUAUAUAUAUAUAUGUGUGUGUGUGUGUGUAUGUAUGUAUGUAUUUGUGUGUGUGUGUGUCUUUGUGUCUGUGUUUGUCCCCCAACCAUUGCUUGACAACCAAUGCUGUCUGUUUACAUCCCUGUAACUUAGUGGUUCAGCAAAAGAAACUGACAGAAUGAGUACUAGGCUUAUAAAGAAUAAGUCCUGGGAUCGAUUUCUAAGACUAAAAACUCUUUGAGGUGAUGCUCCAGCAUGGCUGCAGUCAAAUGACAAGCAAAUAAUAUAAAUAGCAACAUUAAAAAUUAUAUCUUCUCUUUUACUCAUUUCAGUCAUUGGACAGCAGCUAUGCAGGGGUAUUGAAAGGUUUUAAUUUAUUCCAGUAUUUAUUUUUUUUAUUUAAAUCCAGAACUUAUCUUAUUAGUCUCUGUCACACCACUAUGUUAUGAGAGAUAAGGCACUCGCUCAUUCUCUCUCUUUUCCUCUCUGACACAUACACAUAGUAAAUAAACAUAGCAUGUACAUACCUAUGUGUGUAUAUAUGUGAUAAUUUAAAGUCUGUCCUUAUAUUAGCAGAAAUGAAAUAGGAAGAAAACUAAAUGAAUAUACCAAAUUCAUCAUCAUCAUCAUCAUCAUCAACAUUUAACAUCUAUUUUCCAUGCUGGUAUGGAUUGGACAGCUUGACAGGAACUGGUAAGGCCAGGGGCUGCACCAGGUUUCAUAGUCUGUUUUGGCUGGGUUUCUACAGCUGGAUGCUCUUCCUAACACCAAUCACUCCACAGAGUGUACCAGGUGCUUUUUAUGUGACCCCACAACCAGUGCUUUUUACAUGGCACUAGCACCAGUGCUUUUUAUGUGGCACUAGCACCAGUGCUUUUUAUGUGGCACCAGUGCUUUUUACCAAAGAUAUAUAUCUAUGAUAUAUAUAUAUAUAUAUAUAAAACAAAAUUUAUUCCUUGUCAAUACACUAAAAGUGUAUGUAUUUGAAGAAAUAUGUUAAAAUUAAAUAAAAUUUUGAAGUAAUGUAUGUGAAUAUGUGUGAGUGUGGGUGUAAAUAUGAGUAUGAAUAUGUAUGUUAAUAACCUUAGUUUUAUUCUUGCCUCUCACUAUCUGCCUCUCUAUCUAUCUACAUUUAUCUAUUUCUGUAAAUUUUCCUUUCUACUCUUCUUGAUGAAUAAAUAUAGUGAUAUCCUAA